UGAAAAAUGCAUAAAACUCAGAAACCACAAAUCGGAGAAACAAAAAAACCAACUGACAAAAAUGGUGGCGAUUUCACUAUACAGAGGAAACCUCCACCGGAUCCCCGACGUCCCUCGCCGGUGGCUUAUGCCGACCCCCGAAAUCUCAAUCAAAGACUUCAAAUCCCUUUUGAGCCGUCGCUCCAAAGCCCUCUCCCGCCACCGCUCCGCCUCCGCCGCUACCUCCUCUAACCCUAACCCUAAUUUUGAAGCUGACCAGCCCAGUGAAUCCCCAAAGGUGGUCGCUUUGAGUGAACACAAGGUUAAGAUCGAAGCGCCGCCGGAGAAGAUUGUCGCCGACAGCGAAGCUGGACCUUCCGUCGAGGUUAAGGAGAAGAAACAGCCGGACGGCGCUGAUUUUCCGGCGAAAAAUUCCGACUUGACUCUUGCUCUUAGAGCUGAUUUGCCUGAGAAAGGUUGGGAAGGUUCGGUGGCGGUGAAGGUAGAGAAAGUUGAGCAAUUGGAAAACCCUAAUUCUGAGAUAAAAGAAGAUGUGUUAGAUGAAAAUCAGAAGAGGAAGAUAGAAGUGGAGGAGAAGCUGCAGGUUUUGAAUCAAAAGAAGCAUAACCUGGUACAAGUGUUGAAGCAGAUCUUGAAUGCGGAGGAGGAAUUAAAGAGACGGAGUAGUGCGCAAGGAAUUGUGGUUCGUCCGACUGUUUCACUUCAGGUGGAUGUCACAAAUGACACAGGGUCCAUAAAUAGGCAAGUUACUCCUAGGUUAGGCUCUGAUGCAAAUAUGAGUGGUGAUAUGGAAGGGGUUGAAGGGGAUGAUAUUUUAAAUCAUAACUUCCAUCCUCGCCAUGUACAUCGGAUGAACAGUACAUCACCUUCUUCAGAGUCUCCUCUUAGAAGGCCGGCCUUUCAGCUCAGUGUGGUUCCACACUCCUCCCGGGCAAGUUUGGGGGCCACUGGUACUAGUCCUUCACGCUUUGCUCCCUCAGGGCACCAAGGGCCUCCUGCAAAUCUGCCAACAGUAUCUGCAUCAGGAACAAAUUUCAUUGCAUCCUCUCCAUCCCCUGCAGCAUCUGGAGGAACUUCUACUUUCAGAGACGCUCGGUUGCCAAGUCCAUGGAAUUAGAUGUCGGUUCUGCACUUACUUUGUUUACCAUGUGGCUAUCAUUUGAACACCAGUAAGGGUGCCAUGAAGAGCAUUUGACAACCAAGCUACCCUCUCGUUACUUUGUUCAAUUGAAAGAUUCAAAAUGCAUGUGACCCUUUGUAUAUGAGCUUUGCCAGUGACCUGGUGAAUCACUGGUCAAAAAACCUGACUCAGUAGGGUUCCUCCCCCUCCUUACCAGAAAGAAUUUCAGUUUGUAAUUAGUAAGCCUGUUCUACUAAAGCUGUAGCAGAUGAUCAGCAAAGAGUGGACUGAUAAUCUAGCUUCAAUUUUUGUUCCUCGAAUGAACUGUGCUUCUCUUAA